GUGCGCAGUACGUUCGCCAGGCAGCAGAGGUUCUACUGUAUUUAAAUUCUGCCUCGCUACGAUCCCUGGCUUCUACUCCCUGCCCCUAACUUUCCCCCAUCCACGAUGAUGGCCUGGCCGGAAGAGCCGCAGCCCCGCAACGUUGAAGGAGAGUGGCCCGACACGGAGCUGCUGGAGUCCACCAACUUCUACCCGUCCGACGCUGGUGACGAACGCGCACAACAUGGCGCGAACAAUUUUCUGCGCGCCACUGACCAAGGCGCUGGUGGACCAGCUGGACUCACCUACUCAGCAUCGUGCCCAUCGUUCUCAGGGAUGGACGACACCGACGGUUUUAUGGGGACUACAGGCGGCAAUGGUCUCAUGCCCUAUCCAUUUGACUCGCAGGAGCCUGUUAUGAACGCGUUGAGUCCCUCUGAGGACACCCCUUUCCCCGGCGACAAGAACUAUGACAUGCUGCUGCAGUUCCAGCAGGACUACCAGAACCCCUCGCAGCGCCAGUUUCCGCAUCAGCAAGUGAUGGGCCAGGCCACGGACUUAAUGCAACAACAGCAAUUGCCUGGAGGAAGACGUGGCUUUCAUGGCUCGCAGUCAUUCACUAGUCUCUCUAGCAUGGAGUCCGAGUACAACCGCAUGAAUGCUAAUAGCAAACGGAAAAAAGGGACCGAGCGAUGGAUGAAGCUACAGCGUCACAAGUCCUUCGACUCUUCUACGGCCAUUUCGGAACCUUUCAACUUCGACCCAAAUGCGACCUUUGGUAACGCGUUCGGCUCAUCUAACCCCACGCCCGACCAACUGCUACAAGAGCCGCCGGAUAGCGACAUGAUUGGAUUCUCUAUUGACGACUUUCCGCCUUCGAAUGACCCACACUGGUCCUCAGUGUCUUAUGGAUCCGCACCGGAUGCCAUCGGUGGAAAUUACAUGCAGCAGGCUCACCAGAAACGGCAUCAACAGCAGCAUCAUGCCUCUAUCCAGUCAUUAAAUUACGUUGGUGGUGAUAUUUCGGUUUCCUCGUCGGCAGAAGGGGAACCUGUCUCGGAGCUGGAUAUGUUGCUGUCCGAGAACGAACGAGCGAAUCUUUUUGAUGCCAUUCGCGAUUUUGAGUCACCAAACACGAUGGAGUCGGUCGAUGCUCAGCCCUCGCCGGAACAACCUCCUCAGCAACCUACACAAAUAUCGUCAUUGACCGAAACGAAGGAACGCAGUGGCAUAUCCUCAACAGGAAGUAAGAAGACCCCGGCUAGUCCUUCAGUCCACCCUGGAAGUCACCAGAAAAGCCCAAAUAGUGCUCCGAGACCCUUUUCUUUGGACUCGGCUUCUUCUACUCUUCCAGCAGGCAUGCCCCCCUCCGGCUGCGUUCCAAUGCGUACGCGUCUCCAUCAGAUUCUGGUACAUUCUGUACAGAACUCGGAUGCUGGAUCUUCGCUCUCGUCUUACGAGCGCAAUUAUUUGAUGCAGUCGCCAUUGUUUUUCCCCGCGAAAGCACCCGAGACGGCGGGGUCCUUGUGGCUAUUGUUGCAUGCUGCUCAGUGUGAAAGCGGGUGUGAAAUUGGCGGAUGCAGUGUCAUGCGUCGAGUUCUAAAUCACUGUCUUGGAUGCGAACUGGUUGUUGGCAAGUGCAAGCAACCCUGUAACGAUGCCAAGGCUAUGCUUCUCCACUACGGCUCGUGUAACAGCAAGGGUAGUAUGCACGGACGUUCAUGCUCUGUGUGUUGGAACCUGCUGGAGAUCGAUUAUUCUCAUCAGGCACUGAGCAACGGCAACGGUAGUGGACGCUCCAGUGGCCAAACACCCAGCACCGCUCCGUCAUCGUUCGUAUCGACAUCACCGUCCCCGCUAAUGGGGACUCCACCGCUUGUACCAAUGCCGAUGAGCCCUCGUUUGGGCAGCUCACCAGCAUACCGUUCACCAUCGAGGCGCUCCACAAGUACAGCAACCACGAAGCACGUUCCUAUCCAGCCAAAUCCGCUCCCGACGGCCUCCAACCCGAUGGGACUUAUGGGCGCUUUACCACCCCAUUUCGGGUACUCUCUUUCAUUGUAUCUGGAGCAGACAUCCGCUCCGUUCCGUGCGGAGGUUAAGUCUCGUGUUGAGAAGCGCGUGACUGCUGCCGCCGGUCAAGACUUGCUGCAGCACAUGCAGAAGAAGACGCGACUGCGUAGCCUGGACGACCUCCGGUCUGAGGCUCGAACUGUCGUGCUGGGAGAGAUGGAGCGGGAACUUCAUCUGCAUAUGCAGGCGUACAGUUGGGCCAGCUCGACCUCGAGCGGCAGGUUACCUGAUGGAGCCUCGCAACUACCUCCGUACCUGCUCAACUUCUCGGUGGCUGGAUUCGGUGCCUUUCAAGCGCAGCAGGCGGCAUUCCAGACGGCGGGGUCGUCACUACCACCUGCAGCACCUUCAACAUCGCCGCCGUGA